GUUAGUGGCAUGGCUACCUGUGUACCGCCUACAAAUGACUUGAUAGUUUGUCCCAUUUGUUUUGAUGUUUUUCGGGAUCCAAAAUCGCUACCUCAAUGCUUGCAUACAUUUUGUAAGUCUUGUAUAUGUUCAUAUGCAUCGACAACUUUGAACAAGAUCCUAGGAAAGACUAACUUUAUUUGUCCCGUUUGCCGGAAGUGCUACGACAACGUAGAUAACAUUGAUGCAUGGUUAAAAAACUUACCAAAAAAUCAUUUAAUUGUCACUUUGAUAAACCAAGAAAAGAUGGAAAAUAAAGAGGUGUUGUGUGCUUAUUGCAAAAGGCAAGAAAAAAACGAAUCUGCGAUAUACUGGUGCACCGAGUGCUCUGAUAACCUUUGUGAAAAAUGUGCCAAGUUUCACGAGGUCAACAGACUUACUAUGGAACACAAGGUGUGUAAUAUCGAGGCCAAAAAUCAGACUGAUUCUAUCAGUUCUGUCUUAUUUUGUAAGCAACACAGCAGUAGGAAACUGGAAGUUUACUGUUUUGAUCACGAGGAACCUUGUUGUCUGAUGUGCGCCACUGUAUCACACAGAAAGUGUGAAAAGGUCAGCAGUCUGGAUGAAUGUUCCUUACAUUCCCCUGAAAAGGUACAAAGACUGAGAACAGAGUUUGACGAACUUAGGAAAAGAUGCGAUUCAGAGGUAACCCGUGUAGAAGAUGACAAGGAGAAUUUCAUGAAAGAAUCCAAAACUAUAGAAGCCAGAGUUAAAGGUUUGACUGAAGAAAUAAUACAAACCUUGAGAGACAAAGAAAAGGAUCCCCUUAGUAGCCUGGCAAAAACUGAGAAAGAACAGACACUGGUAUUACAGACAAAGCUUGAAGAGUUACAGACUGUUCAAGAGAAGCUGGAACGAAGUAUUCAACUGCUUCAACUUUCUGAAAGAUUCAGCAAGAUUGCACUGUUUUGGGAGAUCAAGAAGAUGGAAAAAGAUGUAUCGAAUAUCGAUUUACAAAUCAAAAACCUAGUGAAAAGAUACAAAACACCGGUUUUAGAUUUGAAUAUCAAUGAGUUCGGACAUAAUUUUCAUUCAUCAUUAAAUUUAUUUGGUGAAAUUAAGCUUAAAUUGAAGACAAAUGGCGUUGACUUUCGCUCUGCAAAACUUGUGUUGGAAAAGUCACUGAACGUUCAAGAAAGCUCUUGUCUAACGGAUGUUGAGGUUAUUAAUGGUACUCAUUUGGUAACGGUAUGUCAGAAUAGUAAUAUGGUAUAUUUUUUGAGUGGGAAUGGAACGUUGUUGGCAUCAAGUCCACUUCCUUACACACCUUGGGGUAUAGCAGCUCUCCGAAAACAUCAAUUUCAAUUCUGUGUCACAAUGCAAAAUUUCAAUCUUGUUGGUAUAUACAAAGCAAAUAUUUCAGAUCGUUGCAUUAUACCUUGCAAAGAAUUACAACUGCCCCAUAAUGCAUAUGGUAUUUGUACAUUUAAUGAUAAAAUUAUUGUUUCCUUAGAGGAAAAACAAACUGAACAAGUAUUUAGAGUUUAUGAUGAAGAAGGAAAUUACAUAAAAGCCCAACACUCGUAUGAUAAUUCACUUUGUAACGGAAUCCAUGCGAUUUCAGAGAGACGUUUACUAUACACUGUUCAUUGUGACAAUUCUGUUUACUCACAAGACCUAAGUAGUACUGGAGCGUCUACGAAAUUAUAUAAAUCUUUUGAGAUGGUAAAACCAAUAGGUAUUACAAGUGAUUCCGAAGGAAAUUUGUACGUUGCGUGUUUCGGAUCUAAUAACGUCUUUCAGUUGGAUCCCCAAGGAAAAUUUAUUAGAAAGAUCAUACAAGACGACCCUGCCGUCCAACGUCCAUAUGGUGUCCGUGUGACUUUUUUUCAUGAUGGAUUCAAACUGUUGUUGACAUCUGGUGGAAAGAUUCUGAUCUAUAACUUCAGUGAAAUAUGAUUCAAGUUAAAACCUUGCAAGUUUCUCUUUUCGAUCAAUAUUUACAC